GACAUCAGAUAUUCAUUUUAGAUAGAGUAAUCUUGAAAAUCAGCUCAGCUCGACGGAAGGAUAAAUCGGGAAGAUUCACAGCGGGUCCGCUCCAUCAGCUCAGAAGGUACGCGGGAACUUUGCCGACGCCCUUAGUCGUCUCCAAUCGCUGAUUUCCAUCUUGAAAGCGAAACAUGGAGCCGCAAACCCAUACCGGCGAUGAUGGAGGCGACGACAUCGAAUCCGUUAAGCGAUUGCGACAGCAAAUGGAAGACGCCGUCGCCUCCCGCCGCCAGUCGCAGCUCGACCUCAUCUCCUCCCUUCAGAACAUCGUCCCCGACCUCGUAUCCUCCAUGGAUGCCUCCCGCCGCAUCAUCUCCGCCUUCAACAGCCGGCCCUUCUCGCCCACCCCAAACCCUAGCCCCAAAUCUACCGCCGAUCACCACCAGCCCCUCACGCCCCGGCGCCGCCCCCUUCCAGAUGCACACCCCCUGCCUCGCACUCGCCCCGAGGCGGCACCGCCUUCUCCUGGCGCCGGAGGCGGCUCUGCCAAUGGCAGCGACCGCCUCUCCAUCGUCCGCACCAUUGUUGCAGUAUGUCUCCUGGAGCUCGUCCCGUUCACUGAGAUUGACUCCGCAGCAUUGCUUCGGCGGUUGGAGAAUGACCAGUCUUCCGCCACUCCUGCUGAGAAGGCUGCUUUGACUGAUCUUGGUGGGGAUCUUGGGCCAAUCUCUUCCGUCGAGAUGGCGCUCCGGCGAAUCUCUGAGGAGAGUGGGGGAGUCCAGUUGGAAGAGCUCACCGUGAACGGUAAAUCCAUGCUGAUGAUUUGGGGCAUCGAUCGGAACAAGCUUCUUAAGGAACUUCCCGAGACCUCUUCUCAUGGUCAGCAGCCCCCAUUGCAUUUGUCAUCGGCGGAACCCAACUCAAGCAAGGGGAAUACUCAUGGUCAGGGGCCGGUAGUGACCGGAGCUGACAAUGCUCCUAUUAUGAUGCCAAGUCGGUCACCCGAUAUGUGGAUGGGGCUUUCUGAUUCUCAUCUUGCCGGCAUGCCCCAUAUGUUUCGUGGUGGCGCCCCGCCCUCGGUUGGUCCAAGGGGCGGGCCUAGGGUUAUGGGGAUGAUGGGGAUGCCAAGGGCGAUGGGACUCUCUCCACUCCAUAGGCCCAUCAUGGGACCUGACAACUCACCUGGUGCUCCAAAUUCUGCAAUGCCAAAGCAAAGGACAGAGGAAGAUGAUCUAAAGGAUCUCGAGUCGUUGUUAAAUAAAAAGACAUUUAGGGAGAUGCAGAUGUCAAAGACAGGAGAGGAGCUUUUGGAUUUGAUUCACCGGCCUACUGCAAGAGAGACUGCUGUUGCUGCAAAGUUCAAAACGAAAGGUGGAUCUCAACUCAAGGAAUACUGUUCUAAUUUAACUAAAGAAGACUGCAGGCGCCAAUCUGGUUCUUUUGUUGCUUGUGAUAAGGUUCAUUUCCGGCGUAUUAUUGCUCCACAUACUGAUACGAAUUUAGGUGAUUGCUCUUUUCUGGAUACUUGCCGUCAUACAAAGACUUGCAAAUAUGUUCAUUAUGAACUUGACCAAACACCAGAUGCUCCAAUUAUAAUGGGAUCUACCAAUGCUCCACCUCCGAAGGAACUAAAGCUCCGAAGGGCUGAAUACUGUUCAGAAGUGGAGCUUGGUGAACCCCAGUGGAUAAAUUGUGAUAUCCGUUCAUUUAGAAUGGACAUUUUGGGAAAAUUCGGGGUCAUUAUGGCCGACCCUCCGUGGGAUAUUCAUAUGGAAUUGCCUUAUGGUACAAUGGCUGAUGAUGAAAUGAGAACUCUGAAUGUACCUUUAUUGCAAACUGAUGGUUUAAUUUUUCUUUGGGUCACUGGGCGUGCAAUGGAACUUGGGCGUGAGUGCCUGGAGCUUUGGGGAUAUGAACGUGUUGAAGAAAUCAUAUGGGUGAAGACCAAUCAGCUUCAGCGGAUCAUAAGAACUGGACGAACAGGCCAUUGGCUCAAUCAUAGUAAAGAACAUUGCCUUGUUGGAAUAAAGGGAAAUCCUGAGGUCAACAGGAAUAUUGACACUGAUGUAAUUGUUGCUGAAGUUCGGGAAACAAGUAGGAAACCGGAUGAGAUGUACCCUAUGCUGGAGAGAAUUAGCCCGAGGACGCGAAAAUUGGAGCUCUUUGCUCGUAUGCACAAUACACAUGCAGGGUGGCUAUCGCUAGGAAAUCAACUCAAUGGGGUGCGACUAGUGGAUGAAGGCCUUCGGGCAAGAUUCAAGGCUGCUUAUCCGGAUGUGGAGGUACAACCAGUGUCACCUACUAGAACAGCUUCUGCUGCGGACACAGAAUCAAAUGUCUCUCAAAUGAGGGCACCUUCUGUCGGAGCUGAACACUACAGCGAACCAGCAGUGACCCCUGCAGGUUAUGCUUCUGUAGUGAAACCCAUGGUGUCAGACACUGAAGCUGCAGUGUGACGAUGUUCUUCUUUAAGCAUAGAACGAUUCUCUCAGUGGUUUUUCUGCGCCUUCUCUGGCAUUACCAGAAGAAAUGUCCACCACAAGUGCAUUGGUUGAUUUUCAGCACUUUCUCUGGCCUUUCUGGAUGAAUCAUGUACCCUGUAUAAUAUAAGACUUAGAAUCUUUCUCUACUCUUUAUCUACUGAAUUACUGAUUAGUGCACU